CGGAACAGCUAAAAGCUGGAGUUGACACUAUCUUAGUGGAAAUAAGUAUUACUUUAACCCCCCCAGAGAGGCUGUCUUAAUCAGAAUAAGAUGUCUAGAACUAACACAGCUCUGCCUGACACAGGCUGGGAUGAGCACUUUGCUAUCCCCGAGCCCAACGCUGAAAACAAAGCUCUGCUGGAGGAGAUUCACAGAAAAGAGAUGGAGCUGCUGGAGCUGGAGCACAUGCUUGAGAGAAAUAAAGAUCACAAGAAGAUAAUGACUGAAUACUUAAAGAAUGCCAAACAAGAGCUGGAUAACACUGAGGCUCUGUGCAAGGCAAAGGAAAGAGAGGAAGAGUUUGAGAAACACUUGACAGCUCUCUCAGAUAGAGAGACAGGUCGCCAGGCUCAGGAGGCUGCUGAGAUGGAGAAAGAGCUUAAGUCUUUAGCAGAGAGGAAAGACAUGAUAGAGAACCACAUCUUCAAGGGCAAACAGAAGCUGGAUGAGUUUAUGGAGCAGAUGAACUGGGACAAGCAGACCAUGGAUGCCUUUUUAGAGGAGUCGGCGCGUAAAGAUGAGGACACAAUGGCCAUCAUCAAGUAUGCUCAGCAGGACGAGCAGAAGAUCAAGUCACUCACUCUGGCUAUAGAGAAGAAGACACUGGAAGCCAAAGAAAAGCAAAAAGCACUGGUCAAAGAGUCGACUGAGACUUUAUCUGCUCAGAUCGCGUUGGAUAAGACUACAGAGAAUCUGCAGCAGGCACACCUGGAGGCCCAGCAACUCAUCCACCAGUGGGAAAACACUAUCAAGCAGAUGAUGCAACGGGAUGAAGACAUGCAGCAGUGUGCUCUGCAAGUUGCCCAGUUGAACCAGGCUAUUAGGGAAAGGAAUGCCAUGGUAACAGAGAGGAAGAACUUGCUAGAUACUCAGAGGAGCAACAACAAGGAGACUGAGAGGAAGAUAACCCUCGCCAACCGACAGGCAGCAAAACUGAGACAGGAUCUGAAAGAGCAGGAGAGUAACUGCAGCAGGCUGCAGGAUGAGCUGAAUACCUGCAAAAACACACUGGACAGAACAACCUCGGACAUGGAGUCCCUGACAUCCCAGAUAUCCAGAAUGAAGAAAGACAUCCAGGAUAAAAAUGACAAACUCAGGCAGGCUAGGGCAUACAACGCUGCACUGGACGAGAAGCUGAAGGUGGUGACUCAGACAGCCCUAAGUGAGGAGGAGAGAGCUGCACAGAUGGAUCAGUUUCUUAAGGAUGAGGAACAGGCCAUCAAGGACUUGGAUGUCCAGCUGCGUGACUGCAGGGAGGAGUUGUUGCAUCAUAAGGAGCGUUUGCAGGCUGUUAAGACAAAGGAGAAGGAUUUUAUCUCGCAGGUUUCAAAGAGUAAAUCCACCAUUAACAGCCUGGAGAGCCAGCUCAGAAAACUGGAACAGGACCUGAUUAGACACCAGAUGACCAUAAGUGACCAGAAUUGCAAGAUGAUCUUCCUAAAAACAAAACUGGCGAAGCUGAAAGGUGACGUUAACCAAGAAGAAAAGAAAAUGCUCGACAGGAAGCUCGCUGAGCUGACCGAAGAACUCGAAGAGAAAAAGAAGAAAGCCAAAAUGCUUACCGACACGCUCAAGGAGGCUGAGGAUGAUAUUCGCAGUUUGAGGAAAGAGAUUGAGAAGUCUGAAGCUCAGAAGAGAGAUCUGAGCAGUAAGGUGGAGGAGCUCCUGCUAGUCCGUAACACCAGUGAGAAGGAGCUGAAGACUCUCAGACUGAGGAAGCAGGAAAACAAAGUGGAGCACCAAAUGUUAAAGAUAGAGGUCAAACGUGUGAGGGAUCUUCUGUACAGCAAGGCUGACAACGUGCUGUCGCUGGAGAAGAGACUGCUGCAGCUACAAACAACCAUGAAGGAGAGGGAGGAUGAGAUUAAGGUCUACAAAGAAAUGCUCAGCCAGCAGCUCAAGAUCAGUGAGCAGGAGAGGCAGAAACUCAGUGCUGAACUCAGUGAGAAACUAUCCAAGAUUGACACGAUGAAGAAAUGUUUCGAGAUUGUGAGCCUUUCCCUGGCACCUCCUGAGGGAGAAGAGGCGAAAUCGCAGGCUUACUACAUCACAAAAGCUGCACAAGAGAAAGAGGAGCUUAGGAGGAAAGGCGAUGAGCUGGAUGCUACAAUCCACAAAGUGGAGCUGGAAAACAAAGCUCUGGAGAACACCAUCCACCUGUUCAACAACAGUAACUCUGCAUUUCGCCAGUCUCUGAACAAAGUGAAUGAAUCCAGUCCAAUGUACCAGGAAAAAGUGAAACUGGAAGGGCAGCUGAAUGUGGGUGAAGAGACGCUGAACUAUAAGAAAAGGCAGAUCCAAGAGCUUCAACAGGAUAUACAGGACCUGAACAAUGUGUUGGAAAGUCUGCCACAAGAAGAGCGAAUGGAGAGAGAUAAGAUAGAGAACAAACAUGCCCUCGUCGGCAAAAUGAACGAAGAAGUUACUUCCCAGCAGGAGAAAAUUGACAGAGCCUCAAAGCAGUUCUCUAAGCUGACCAAAGAAGUCCGCUCAGCAAAGGGCACCAAAGGCGAGACUUUCGAAGAGAAAGACAUUAAGCUGAGGGAGUUGAAGGAAUUCAUCAAGAAUGUGGACAGGAUGCUGAAUGAGGCCUGGGAGGGCAAUCCUGACCUCAGAUCAGUGAUGGAGAAGUAUUUCCUGCAGGCCAGUCUGUCUCUUCCCUCUCCUUCUCCCACUCCUGCCAGCCAGCGGAGCUCCAAGACAAGUUCCCCCCGCUGCUCCACCUCUCUCAGGUCUCUGGCAUCCUCAGCCAGCGCCAGUCCCCGGACCGCUGCGCCUCACUCCCCGACACUGAAGACGGUGGAACUGAGCCUGGAUCUGACUGCGACCUCCCCUCCUCUCACCACCUCCAGAUGUUCCAGCUCUGCGAGCAGCUCAAGCAGCAGCAGAAAGUCAAAGAAGCUUUAGUGUUUUUCUCCUCUGAUUGCUGCUUUACCAUUCAGAACUACUCAGUUUUGUAGUUAAAGCUGCAGAGAAUGACCAGUGCAUUGAUGUGUUUAUGUUUUCAGUUUGUAGGUUCAGGAUCAUUUGUUUUUUGUGUCUUUUUUUGGUGUGUCGCACUCAUUUCAGAGUAAAUCUUGAAUCUGUUAGAUUUUCAGACUCUGUGAAUCUAGUGUAAUCUGAUUUUUUUCUUUGGA